AUGGGUGGCUUAGCUCGCAAGGUUAAGCAGCCAGCGCUAUUGAGGGGGUUGACGACCGCGGUGACGCCGAGAGUGAUGCAAUUGCAGGCCGAGAAGAAGGAUGAUCUCGAAGACCCCCUCUCUCUUCCCCGCCCCUCCUUCCCGCCUGGCUCUGCCCUCUGGGGGCGAGUCCAUUUCUCAGAGUAUGGCCACGCCUCCCUCCCCCAACCACGCCUUCUCGACCUCGCCCACCAUGGUCAAGACCCCCCGAAGCUCCCCGUCAAGCGCAAGACCGAACCCCAACCCCAGACCUCCUUCUCCCCCACCCCUCUCCGUGUCCUCAAGCCCUUCAACGAUGAUGACGACGAGGACGAGGACGACGAUGACUUGCUCUCCUCGCCGGACCAUGGCAGGUCCGCGGCGGCGUUCAACAAGUAUAAUCGCUUGUGGUCGGAGCCCGACGAGAUCCGGUUCCUGCGGGCUCUCCUCCAGAGCUGCGCCGACGGCUACCUCUUUCCUCGAGACAUGCCCCACUUUUUCGACCGCUUUAAGGGUUCCAUGUCCCGCUCCUACACACGCACCCAGUUCUCCGAGAAGCUCCGCCGCCUGAGGAAAAAAUUCCGCGCCGUCUCCGCUCGGAUCCGCAAAGGCGGCACCGCCGUCGCCCUCAAGACCCCUCACGAGAAGGUCGUCUACGAGCUCUCCCUCCGCCUCUGGGGCACCGAGGCCACCAACGGCCCGCCCGCGGUCGCUGAUGGCGUCUCUGCCGGAUCCCCACCGGAGACGAUCGUCAUCAUCCGCCACGAGCCCGCUCCCGCCCCGCCUCCCGCAACACCGCCACCCAAUCUUAACGUGGAUCACAGCACCCAGGGCUGCAAUCCUGGCGGGAGCAAGGAAGAAGGUGUUCGAAGUCAGGGUAGUGAGGCGAUCAGGUGGAUCGCUGCGGAGACUGUUGCUGGUGCUCUGGAUCAGUCCAUCAAGGACGUCCGGAUGGUCCUGGUAGGCCGGGCGGAGCGCGCCGGUGGAACCGGCGGACGGGGCCGGAAGCGUAAUAUGCCGAAGGAAUGGGGGAGGCAGCAAAUCGCGGAGUUCGAUGUGCUGUCUCAGCGGUUGAAGUUGGUACUGGAGAUGGCGAUUGCGAACCUGAGAGAGCCGGUAGGUUUAGGUGUCCCCUGCUGAGGGUUGAAGGUGGUGCCUGUAAGUUACAUCUCUAAUCUUCGUUUCUAGCAUUGGUUUCUCUCCGGGAAUAUUGACACGGUCUUGGGCCGCCUCUUGUAAAUAAUUUGCAACGGAAACUGCCGGUGACAUUGUUGGGUAUUUACUUAUUCUGACAUUCCUCUCGCCGGCUUCUGGCCUUCUCUUUUUCGUUUAUCUUCAUAUUGACUGUCAAUCUGUAUGGCUUUCUCGUC